CAGGGAAUAAGUGGGGUUUAUGGGGAUCCUCAGGGAUUCACCCAUUGCAGGGAAAAUCGGGAAUAGCUGGGGCUCAUUCCCGUUUUUCUGGCUCCCGAUGGGAAUGAGGGUUCCUGCUGCUCCAGAGGGUUGGGAAAGGUUUUCAGGGCUGGAUCAGGAUGGAAGAUAAGGAGCCCGCGAUAACAAUGGGCACUUUCCCUGGCAGGCAUUUCCCUGGAAAUGAGGAAUUUCCCUGGAAUUCUUUCCUUGAACCCCAAUCCCGGGCAGAUGUUUCCCGCUGGGCUCUGGCUCUAGGAUGUUGGAGAACCGAGAGGAAGAGCUGACCACGGUGCGCGUGCAGGAUCCGCGCGUGCAGAACGAGGGCUCCUGGAACUCCUACGUGGAUUACAAGAUCUUCCUGCACACCAACAGCAGGGCCUUCACCGCCAAGACCUCGUGCGUGCGGCGCCGCUACCGCGAGUUCGUGUGGCUGCGGCGGCAGCUCCAGCGCAACGCCGGCCUGGUGCCGGUGCCGGAGCUGCCGGGGAAAUCGGCGUUUUUCGUGGGCAGCACGGAUGAGUUCAUCGAGAGGCGCCGGCAGGGGCUGCAGCACUUCCUGGAGAGGGUGGUGCAGAGCGCGGUGCUGCUGUCCGACAGCCGCCUGCACCUGUUCCUGCAGAGCCAGCUGCCCGUGCCCGCCAUCGAGGCCUGCGUGCAGGGCCGGGGUCCCCACUCGGUCACCGAGGCCAUCCUGCACUACGCCAUGGCCGGGCCCGCCUGGGGACAGCGCGGGGACAGCGACGGCGCGGGGCUGGGCCCGGCCAGCUGUGCCAGCCUGGGCAGUGCCCGGGGCUGCCUGGAGAGCUUCCCCUACUGGGGUGACCUUGGCACGGACGAGACGCGGCCGGAGAGCCCCGAGCGUCCGGCCGGACACCCAGUGACCCCUCUGGACAGCCCCGAGCGUCCGGCCGGACACCCAGUGACCCCUCUGGACAGGCCAGAGCACCGAGUGACCCCUCUGGACAGCCCAGAGUGUCCAGCUGGACAUGGAGUGACCUCUAAGGAGAGCCUGGGAUUCCCGAAAUUCCCAACUGGACACUGAGUGACCCCUCAGGACACCCCCAGGCCCCGCAGCCCUCGCUGGGAGAGGGAUCAACACGGAGCCACU